UCGUCCAAUCUCGUCUUCUUUCGGAUUUGCUCGGGGAUUCUUGCAACUUGCGAUAUAUGGGAUGGAUACGCUACGGCGCUACGGUAUAUUUCACUCUGCCGAUGACCGUUGAUCACGUUGACAUUCGGCUUUAUAAUUCCUAAAUUCGAAUCCUUUACAAACGGCAGCUGAAUUUCUCGAAAAAAAGAACCGAUAAAGUGAUUUUCAUUUUGACCUUGUACGAGAAAUCCCUUUAAAAGGUUAUGCGAUACGCAAUCAUCUUGCGAUGAUUUGGUAAACGGAUUAGAAGAAGAAGAAAGAAGGACGCAGAUUUAUAUACCGUGCGGAAAUUGAAAUUCAUACAAAAGUCUACAUUUUGCGAACUGGCACAUAUACAUUCAUCGAUCAAAAGGGUAUGUUUGUUUUGCUUUUUCCUGCUUUCGAGUUUCAAGUCACCACGAAGGUUAGACUGAACGACAGUACGGUCACUUGACGAUUCGUUCCAAGAUCAAAGUAAUUAAAACAAAUUAAUAAACAAUGGCUGGCAGUGGAGAACUUUGGGUGCAAUGUUUUACCUGUUGUUUAACACAACAAGGACCAAGGGCACGUAAUGGAAGACAGAGGUCACAUCAAAGAUUAAGGAUAGAUCGUAGUAUGAUAGGAGUACCAACGAACUUUAGGCAUACCGGACAUGUUAGUAGCGGCGAUAUCGAUAUGAGCAGUGCACAAUUAUCAAACAUUCAAGCACAGAUGCAAAUGAAAGGAGGCUACGAUACUUCGUACAGCGUUAAGGCAUGUUGAGAAUAGAUUAAGGAGCUUUUAGACUGGUCUGCGAACGAUCUUGUAACGAGACUAAAAAAAUGACUGAGUUUUUAAUGUCUAUGUUCCUUGUACUAAGACAAACAUACGUGCAGUUCAGUGUACAUACAAUCGUGCUCGGAAGAACUAACCGUUUUUGAAACAUUUUUAUUUAUAAGGAUAGGUUGAACACGCCGCAAUAAAAGUUACUACGGUUAAUGCAAAAACAGAAUUUGCAUUUCAACGAUAAUAAGGUGCAUUUCACUUUUGUAUUGUUUAUUUUUUAUUUCUGAGAUAAAGACUUGAUUUUCCACUGGAACACAAAACUGCCACAUUAUAAUACACGAUAUCUUUGAGGUGCAUUUUUUUUUUACUACUUUACAAUUAUUCAUUUAUUCGAAGAAAUCGACGUUUGUCGGUAAUAUACUAACACUAUAGCUGCUAUAUCACAUAUUAAUUGUAUCGCAGUCGUAGAUUUAUCAUGAAUAAGCAUUAAUACCAUUCUUGUACUUCCAAGUGAAAAUGUAAGUACUCCGCGUUAUGUAGUACUGCUUGUGUAAAAAGAAAAAAAAAAGAAGAAUGUACUUCGCAUGGUUCGCCUGUGCCGACUAACGAUUAAAUAUUUUAGCGUAUACGGUGAACGUCCAAGUUCACAAAGCACGGCCCAUUUUUCCUACUUCUGUAAUUCAUCCCUGAAUGGGAUGUAUAAACCUACAUUAGGUAAUUUUUGGAACGUAGAUGUGUUAAAAAUUGAACAAAAAUUAUUUGUACGUAUUCGCCUAGUCUAUAAUCAUUCUAUCACACCUCGUGAAUUAUAUUAGCCAUUCUUGGUUGAAUAUACUUUAAUCUUACAAAGUGUGAUCUCUGAAAGCUAUAACCAUGGACCAACGUGAAAUGCGAGAAGAGGAAUGAAAUCUUUAAGAAUUUCCUAAAAUCUAAUUUAUAUACAAUCCUGGACCACUGUAAAUUUAAUAAUGCAUUAGAUGAUCUUAUAAACAGUUAUUAGGUAAAUCUAACUCUUUUGAAACAUGUUUGUAUCCCCAUUUUUUGAUUGACUUCUAUGCACAUGGUAAAUAUUUAUACUUUUGAAAUCUAUACAAAAUAAUGUAAAAUUACAAAAUUAUAAUAUAUAAGUAUUUGAUUAACCAUAAAAAAUAUCAUGAACAUAGAUAUAAGUAUUGUAUUUAAUACGUCAGCAUAAAUUUAUGUAUUUGGAAAAUAGACUUCUUCGCGUGGUUGUUUCGAACACUAUAGAAAUAAGACAAAAUAUUUUAUUUUCAACUUCAUUCAGUAUAUUUAAUUACAUUUUUUAACAAUAAAACAACAAGUGGCGUUCAUAGAUCAAUUAUAAUGCAUCUCGUUUCAUACAGUUAAAUAUACACAUAUACAUAUAUGUAUAUAUACGCGCGCGCGCGCGUGUGU